AGAUAGAUAGAUAAUAGAGAGAUAGUAGACAGAUUGGCCAUGUGGCUAUAGGCAGGGAGCACACCUCAGCACAGGCCCCGCCCCCUCUCCUAUACACAGGGAGCUCCUCAUCUCUGGCUUCUAUCAGAAGGAGAAGAAGCUCUGGUGCAGCCAAUCAGCUGGGGGCCCCGCGCUAUAAUAUAGAGGCUGCAGCCUCCCUGCGCUCACAGCUCCUGAGCCCUCAUUGCUCCUACACUUACUGUCAGACUUUUUUUUUUUUUUUUUUCCUUUUUUUUUUUUUUUUGGAAACUUUUCCCCCCCUUAUCUGCAGCCCCUGCCCCCAUGUGCAGCUCACUCUUGUCUGAGCACCUGUCCAGGAGGGAGCCGCUGGAUCCUACCGCAGGAGGACUACCAUCCCUCUGAUACUACACUACUACUACUACUACUAUCAUUGCUGGGAGUCGCUGGCUUCACAUGGACGAGAUGCUGCUUCUGCUCAGAGCUCUUCUCCUUGGGGUCAUCCUGAGCUCCCUGCUGCUUCCUUCUGCCUUAGCCUGUGGACCGGGCAGGGGGGUUGGCAAAAGAAGACACCCCAAAAAGCUGACCCCAUUAGCCUAUAAGCAGUUUAUCCCCAAUGUGGCAGAGAAGACUCUGGGGGCCAGUGGAAGAUAUGAAGGAAAGAUUACUAGGAAUUCCGAGAGGUUUAAAGAGCUCACCCCAAAUUAUAACUCUGACAUCAUAUUUAAAGACGAGGAGAACACAGCAGCAGACAGGCUCAUGACCCAGAGAUGUAAAGACAAACUCAAUGCCUUGGCUAUCUCAGUGAUGAACCAAUGGCCAGGGGUGAAGCUGCGGGUCACAGAAGGUUGGGAUGAAGAUGGACAUCAUUCAGAGGAGUCAUUACAUUAUGAAGGUCGAGCAGUGGACAUCACCACCUCUGAUAGGGAACGUAGUAAAUAUGGCAUGUUGGCAAGACUGGCGGUAGAGGCUGGAUUUGACUGGGUCUACUAUGAGUCCAAAGCCCACAUUCAUUGCUCUGUGAAAGCAGAGAAUUCAGUUGCUGCAAAAUCUGGGGGUUGUUUCCCAGGCAAUGCCACAGUUUGGACGGAAGGUGGAGCCACCAAAGCGGUGAAAGAGUUGAUGCCCGGAGAUCGGGUGCUGGCCGCUGAUGAGGAGGGAAGAAUGGUUUACAGCGACUUCCUCCUGUUUAUAGACAGACAAGAGAGUGUCAAAAAGUUGUUCUAUGUCAUAGAGACAUCUCAACCUAAGGAGAUCAUCCGUCUGACAGCUGCCCAUCUAAUUUUCGUGUCAGAGAGCCCAAGCAAUGGCACAAGGUCUUUGAAAUCAGUUUUUGCCAGUGAUAUCAGUCCUGGAGAUCGAGUCUUUCUAGCUGACCAUCCAUUGAUGAGCCUGAAGGAGGUGACAGUAGAGCGAGUCCACCUUGAAGAAGACAUUGGAGCUUAUGCCCCAGUGACCUCUCAUGGGACAGUGGUCAUCAACGGGGUAUUGGCUUCCUGUUAUGCAGUCAUUGAAGAACACAGCUGGGCACAUAUGGCAUUUGCCCCUCUAAGAUUUGCCUUCAAACUUUUGUCUUUCCAUUCCCCUCAAGACUAUAAACCAUCACCCAAGCACCUUUACCUUGAAGGUGUCCACUGGUAUCCACACCUCCUCUACCAGUUAGGAACGUGGAUCUUGGACAAUGACUCUAUUCACCCACUGGGAAUGUCAACGAGGUCCAGUUGAGAAGAUCCCAUGCCAUUAAGAAAGACAUUCAUUUUUAAUGUAGGACACUUCAAAGUAGACACUAAGGAACAAGACUUUCCCCAUCUUCGUCCUUGCUAUUAUUAUUUUUGUAUUAUUAUUUUGCAUCCUGUUGUCAUUUUCUUUUGUGUUUUUUUCUUACUGAAUAUUUUAUUUAUUUGCUUGUUCUUGGAAUAGAUGUUUAAUAUGAACUGGACACUCAAGAAGCCUUAACUAGUUUCUUUGAUAAUUUAUUGUCAGGUGAACCUUCCAUGAAAUCACUGAAGCUCUCUCUGUGUUGAGUUCAGGUUGACACAGCAGAUUCUAUUUUUUUACCUGUCAAGUCAGUCCUCGCUUUUUUGGUACUGUCCACCCACCCAUCCCCCUGACCCUCUUCUGCCUUCUCCUUGACAGGCCUCUGUGGUAGGUGUCCCUAAGGAUCUAGCUAGGUCUGGCUGUCACUAAAAAAAAGUGUUAAAUAAUAAUUGUAAGACUUGUCUCAAACAGGGGGCUAGUAAAUUAUAUUUUUCUACACAGAAAUGUAAAUUAGAUUUUUUUUUUUUUGCUUUUUUUGUUUUCAGAGAUCAAUACUGACUGAAUGGCAUUUCGUUAUUUGAAAUAGUGUACAAUAUGAGAAUAUAUUAUUUUAAUUUAACUAGUUUCACAAGGUAACGUUAUGGCUUAUGAUCUAUGGUUGUUUUAUUUGUUAUGUUUUUGUUAGUUUUUUUUAUUUGUAUCAUCUUGCAUCUGCUCACAUCCAUAGAACUGACAAGACUGUUACACGAAGUCUCGACCUUGGCUUAUUAUUUCAUCUUCUUUCCUCCUGAACAGUAGGAAUCUUGCCAUUUUAACCUCAAAGAGUUUAUUAGAAAGUGAUCAUAUUUUUGUGAAGAAGAUACAAGGUGCACAUGAAUUGGGACCUCCAGAGGAUGAAGACUGUUGAUGAUUUGCAUUAAUAGAUUGAAUAACAGCUGUAAAAUUUACUAAAAUGUAUUUUUUGGAAUACUUUGUAACGGCUUUAAUAGUUUUAUAGAAAUAAAGUGUGCUAUGCACAUCCUGCUUGGUAUUUACUACUGACAUGUCCAGCUUUUAUUCAUUACAUAGCAUGGGUUGGUCUUUGCUCUAACAUUGCCUUUCAUGUUAAUUUUUUUUUAAUUUCGUUUUAUUGUGUUAUCUUUGUGUUAGCCA